GAAGUCCGUUUGUCGCGAGUCGAUCGUAGGAUUUGGCGUGCGGUAGUGUUCAUUUCCAUCCGAGCAGUCGUUGGAGUUGGUUGGCUAACCGCGGUGGUCUGGUGUGAUUGGCCCAAGUAGCAGUCAGCAGAAGAAGAGGUGGUGUGCGUCUGGCAGCGGCGGAGAAGAAGUGAUGCGGUGUUAGCUGUGCGGAAAAUCAGAUGCCUGUGAAGAGUUAGUUGACAACCGGUGUGUGAUCGCAACAUCAAGAAGCAGUGUGUAGUGGCUCUGGCAUUGAAUGUCCCAGAAAUAUUGGCUUGCUGGUCUGGUUCCACUGUUCGCGUAACACGACGGUAGCCAGAUGCUCGGCUCGAGAAGUUUGACAUUGUUGUGCACGAUUAUGAUUCCGUGACUGAUUGGUUGGUUGGAAUUUUUAGUGAGUCACCAAGCGCGCGCAGUGCUUGAGACCAGAAUAUCCCCAAACCGAAUGAAUCGCGUGUGUGGUGAUGCUGUGUGGAAUUGACAUACGGAUGUGGUUUUGCUGGAAUUUGGAAGCGUGUGCUAAUUACUUCAGCUGGAUUGUGUCGGAGGGAUCGAUUUCAACGGUUUCCUUUGGUGUGUUUUGUGAUGGUGCGUGAUGUGUUGUCAAUCAAGCUCUGAUUAAUUAACAAUUAACCAACCUAAACACGAUCGAAAAGGUGGAACUCUCAGCCCUGCAAACGGUCCUCAUUGACUCCGGACGUUGGUGACUACUGCUGCGUGAAAAUUGAUUACAUUGCUCAAAGCAUCUAUUCAUCGUAAACGACGAAUCCUUACUUGGGAACCAUUGGCAUUUUGAAAGAUCAACGCAGUAGUUUACAUUAAGAUUAGCAGCUCUAGCCUUAAAAAUACUUCACGAAUUAAACGAUACUCCUUCAGAAAGCAAUAACACGACACGCAAGAUUAACGAUUAAGCUUAUUUAUCCAAUUAUUUAUAUUACAUUUAAACUGAGAUCGACGUAAUUCCAUCCACUUAGUUUAGUUCUAAUUUUCGAUAUAAAUCUUCGAGCAAGGGAACCUCGGUGGUAGAAACCAAGACGCACAAUACUUGCAAUAAUACACAAAUUAGCUGAUUCAGUAUCUUGCCCCAAAGUACACCGACUGUCAAAUUCUCUCCCCCUCUCAAUCGCAAACCAAAAAUAGGCUUAGAAAGUUGCAUUUUUGCGCUACGAAACGAAGGGUUCAGUGCAGUUUUUAGAAUCUUAAUCGAAUUUUUGAUAUCAAUUCAUCCAUUUCACCAAAUAUUAGUUAGUUAGAUUUUCAUAUUGUCACAUUUCACUUAAGGUUAGAAAGUGCAGUAGAAGCACAGAAAAAAGGUACUCAUUUAACUAAGUUCUACAAACGUCAACCUCACAAGCGUUUAUUUGUUAGAAAACAGCGAGAGAAGAGACAAGUGUUCAGGGAAUUGAUUUUGAAAACAUAAAAAGAAAACCUAUUAACACUCAAAAUGCUUCCAACGAGUCAACAUCAGCAGCAACAGCCGCACCAAUCCUCGGACGUGGUCGCUCAGCAACAGCUGCAGCAGGACGCUCAAACGCAACACCUGUUGAAUGUGGCGGCCUCGUCCUACACCACGGCGGUAUCGUCGAGCGGUGGUUACAGCAUGAGCUAUCCGGUGGUGACCGGGCACCAUCUAACCGAGAACAACAAUCUGAUCAUGCACCCAUCGUACGGCAAACCGGCAGCACAUGUCGCGCAUCAGCUGCCGCCAGCAUCGCUCAUCACGCUACAGCCGGUGCCGCUCGAGGCGCAUCACCAUUCGGCGCUGCAUCACGUCUCCAAUCUGGGUCCACCGCCACCCGGCACUCCCGGCUCCUUGCAGCAGCAGCAGCCACACCACCAACAGCAGCAGCAACAGCAAGGACUAUCACCGUCCCACGGUUCGACGAUCGUAACGUCACUGGCUCCUCCUCCACCCGGUGCGGGCCCGCUCGGUGGGCUUAUCAUUGGCGGAGGGCAACACUUGCACCAUGCAUCAUCAUUACAGCAGCAGCAACAACAAGCUCAUCAACAGCAGCAACAACAGCAGCAGCAGCAGCAACAGCAACAACAGCAGCAAAUGGAGCAACAGAUGGGAGUUGUAGCCUCUUCAAGUGCAUCACAAAUGCAGCAAGGUCCACCGUCUUCCAUGUCGCACGCUUCCUCCAUGAACGAUCCCAACGGAAACGGUAUGUGUGUGGUAUUGUUGUUGGCGAUUCUCAAUAGUCAGCAAACAUGUUCGACAAGGGUUGACGAACACGAUGACCGCACACUCCUUCCCCCCACCGUAUCACGAAUAGCGUAUACACCUACUGCGCAUGGUGAACAGAGCACUCUCAAGCGUAACACGCGAGUCCUUAGAGAGAGAGAAAGGCCACGUUGUUUAAACCAAAGCUUGUCCCAGUGUGCUCCGUUGUGCAUGCGUGUGUGCGAGUGAAAUGUGAAAGGAUACACAGUGGUGUGUCGUCAUUGUUGUGUCCGAUCCCGGCAAGCGAACAAAUAUGACGAAAUCUCUCUGGAAGUUUGCCACUCGACAUCGAAAUGCUUCCGCCCAGAACAACAUACUUCGGAAGAUCACGUUGGAUGUCGCUGCGGAAGCUAGGAAGAGAUACGAAGUGGUGUUGUAGUUGCUUGUGUGUGGUGGUGGUGGUGCGGUUAUUUCCUUGGGAGCACAAGUUUCUUUUCAGAGUUGUCUCUUAGUUGUGUCUCACAUUACUUCCGCUGCUGGAUCGAUAGAUGAUGGGUGGUCCUGCCUUAUGCCCGAAUUCACGAAACGCUGUAAAUCUAGGAAGAAUUGUAUCCUCUCUUCAUUCGACGACGACGACGACGACGUGUGUUUCUGUGCCGUAUAGAAGGAUGUGUUAACCGCCGACCCAAUGUUGGUAUCUUAAGUAGGUAAAUAAUUAAUUCAUUUGAUCAUUUCAGUGACAACAUGCAUGAUUUUAGAGUGAAAUACGGAUUACAUGAAGAUGCGUAAGAUUCUUCUUUGCAUGUUCUCGUUUCUUCAGUUUUUUAAAGCCUUAGUAGCAUGUUCGUCUAUUUUCUAUACCUAACUCAAUCGAGAUGAACGCAUUGGUAUAAUUACUUCAGCUACUCUUCAGCAGUCAUCGAAUUGUACCGGGAACAGAAAACGACCCUUCGUUUAAUGUGUAGCUUUGCUCUUCACACUAAUAUAUUCAAUUAUGGUAUGAGGAGUUGUGCAGAAAUGGUUUGUAUUUAUAAAGGACUCGUUCUCUUCAAUAGUUACGUUCUUAAUCGUUCAAGUUGGGUGUGAUCGCUGUUCUUUUUUUUUUAAUAAUCUUUUUUCUUGGUGUUUUUCUUUGAAUCGUUCGAACCAGCACGAAUCCAGAGAAGAACACGAUGUUUUUUGACACCUUUUACGUGCGUGUACGCAUUUACAGUUACCGGAAAAUGCCUCCAGGGAAGAAUCUUGCUUGCAAGUCUAUACUCCUCUAACGUGCUUCCAUAACGGUAAUAUCAUUAUGGAACUGGCACUGCUACAACCUCUCCCCACCGGUAGGAGGAGGGUGGACGGACGAACAAGAGGGGAAAUUCAUGCGCUUCCUUUUUCUACCCCUGUAUCUACAUCGUGGGGAGAGAGACUCCUGCAAACUCUCCCUCUAUCUUUCUUUUUCCUAAAUUUGCUGUGAAGGUGAAGAAACCGAUUUCCUUUGGUGCAAUUUUUGGACUGCUUAAGAGAGCGGCGCACGUGCGCAUAGCAAAGCAUUGAGUUUUUGGUUGCAUUUAUUGCUGCGUUGCGUCGUGGCCUAUCGAAAAGCUCAAAACCCAUGAUUGUCCGUGUGCCGUUUAGGUGUCUUUACGCGAUAUGGUGGAAAAAUAAUGCUUAUUUGUUGGGGAGGUGUGAGCUGCUCCUUGUACACACAGUACCUGUUCACGAUGAGAGAUGGUGCUUCCUUCCCUCUCUCUGCAUGCAUUCGUUUGAAAGCAGCGCGCACGCACGCAGCACCACCCAUUAAUGACGUGGUUUAUAUAUUCUUCCAAUAGCGAAUCUGGCACCCCACCUAGCAGCAGCAAGGAAUAUCGUUGGAAGACAUCAAGGGUAGCGGCACGCUCACUCCGAUGGCCGCUCGCAAGGUAAAGUGCGUGGUGAUCGUUAAAGUAUCUCUUCACAGACAAGCACACACACUCAGUUAGGAGGAGGUUUAUUGUGGCUCCGCGCGCCCGCACAAGUCUUCCGUUUUCCUUUCUUUCCCCGUUCUAGAUUCGUGUGCCGUGUUUUUGCCGUGUGCCGUGUAUUGCACUUCUUCAAGUUCAUAAGGUUUUGGUAGAGUCGGUUGGAUGCUGGCGCUUGUGCGAGUGUGCGGGCUGUGGAAAGGAAUUGAGGAAGGCGACCCCCUCUAGGCAUGACUAGUCUCUUUAUCUUCUUCUCGCCCCAUUUGUUUCCCAGGGAGAAGAGAAGAGAGCAUCCUUUCCUUUCCUAUUGCAUCAUUACUACUAUUGAACGUUUCUCUGCCGAUCGUUUUCGUGCGCUGCGGUGGUAAUCCACUAACGAACGCGAAUAGCGGGAAUGUGGGGAGUUGGAAAGAUGAAUGUAAAAGGGCAGCGUGGAUUGACCUGAAAGCACCACCACCACUACCAUUGGCGCGGGGUCCGCUCGCAUAACAACACUAACCAUCUCUAACCACCCAAUUCCUCGAGGGUCUCUAACUAUCAUCAUCAUCAUCCGUGCAGAGCCUUCCGCGUAAGCCCUGUGGUGCUGGGGGGAGAAGAAGUGAAGCUGAGAGUAGUGGAGAUCUCUUUUUAUUCCCGAUCGCGCGACUCCUCGACGAGCGUGUACAGCGAUCACCAUAGGCUCAGGGAAAAAAGCACCGUUAAUGAAAUAAAAGGAAAUACUUUCUGCGGGUGGGCAGACCAGAAGAAGAGAAGAAGCAGAAUGAGGAGAAAAGAUGGCAGAGGACAACAUCGAGGGAGAGGGAUGCUGAGAGUAGUUUUGGGGUUGAAGCCACCAGGGGGGGGGGGUGACUGUGGUUGCCGUUGGUUUUGAUCUCCGUAAGCUUAA